UUGCAAUUCCAGAAAACUUGCAGUUCUAAGAAAAUCUUCGCCGCACAUGUUUAUCAGUAUCGUAUAAAACCCGGAAUCGAAUUCAUGGACAAAAUGCAUCGUCCAUUAGCUGCUCCACAAUGCACUGUCUUCCUGUCCUGGUAUUCAUCUGUCACUUGCUUUACAUCACCCAAGCCCAGAUAGAUGUUCCUGGUGUAAGAUUGAAUCGCAGUUCGCUGCUUCGCACAUUUACUCCCGGAAACUGCUCGGAUGGAACCGGGAAGACCUCAAUCUGCAGCAGCUGUUCGUCGCAAUCGCUUUGCUUCGGAGGAAAUGCAAUCGCAGAAGUGGCUUGCCCGGGAUCCAAUCCGUACUGCAAUCCAGGAAAUGUGGAAGCAAGAUGUUCGAAUUUACCAGCGGUGGGUUGUGGAGCUACUGGUGGGGCCCAAGUAAGUUCGAUAGUCUGUCCGGCGCUUGGCGUUCUUCCUGAUCCAGCCAACUGUAAAGUGUACCACGUUUGCCGCAACUUACAACAAAAUUCCGACGUAUACCAGUGCCCACCGGGGUAUCACUUCAAUCUUACCACGAAAUGGUGUCGAUCGGAUCAAGUUGAUCAGUGUGUCCGUGUGACCUGUGGGACUACCAGUGGGUUCGUCUACUACGGAAACUCCAGACAGUACUUUGCGCUUUGUGUAGUUGCCAAUGGCGUAACAACGUCGUACAUCAUGAAGUGUCCCGACAGAGCUACCUUCAGCAUGACUUCCAACAGCUGUGUCUACCAGUGCGCCGGUCAGGGCAACUUCGAGAAUUCCAAUGACCCAACGAGCUUCUACCAGUGCUAUGUGGUCAAUGGCAGUUACGUGGUAGCACUGCAAAGAUGUCCUGCUAACACGACCUUCAAGGAAUCGUUGCAGUAUUGCUCUUAGAAGUGAAAUAAAGCACAGUUUAUCGUGAUCAAACAAUAAUAAGCAACAUUUUAAUUACAA